GUGUUGAGAUAUGUUCCGAAAAAACAACUGAGGUGUUUUUGCGUCAUGACUCUGAUUCUUGGUCACCUCUGCACUACUUAAACCCAGAAGCACACACAAGCAAAUGUGUCAUCACAGGGAGUGAGUUCACCACUCUCACACAAUGACAGCAGCAUCGCUUCUCCACCUCCUCCUCGUGGCCACCGCGGCGACCCUCUCCCUCCGGCCUCCAUCCUCCGCCGCAGCCGGCAGCGGCCACUGGGAGGGCCUCCAGAAAAGCAUCGGCAUUGUGGCCAUGCACAUGCAGCUCCUCCACACGGACCACGUCCUCAUCUUCGACCGCACCGACUUCGGCCUCUCCAACCUCUCCCUCCCCGACGGGCGCUGCCGCCGCGACCCCGCCGAAAUGGUCGUCAAGACCGACUGCUCCGCCCACUCCCUGGAGUACGACGUCGCCACCAACGCCCUCCGCCCCCUCUUCGUCCAAACCAACGUCUGGUGCUCCUCCGCCUCCGCCGCCCCCGACGGCACCAUAAUCCAAACAGGCGGCUUCAACGACGGCGAGCGCAAAGUCCGGUCCUUCUCCCCCUGCCCCACCUGCGACUGGCAAGAACUCUCCGCCCCCCUCGCCGCCCGCCGCUGGUACGCCACCAACCACCUCCUCCCCGACGGCCGGCAAAUCAUCGUCGGCGGCAGACGCCAAUUCAACUACGAAUUCUACCCGAAAUCACACACCACCGCCAAAAACACCUACUCCCUCCCCUUCCUCGUUCAAACCAGCGACCCUCACGAGGAAAACAACUUAUACCCCUUCGUCUUCCUCAACGUGGAUUCCACCCUCUUCAUCUUCGCCAACAACAGAGCCAUUCUCCUCGACUACACCAAAAACGUCGUCGUCAGAACUUUCCCCACUCUCCCUGGCUCUGACCCCAGGUCCUACCCUUGCACCGGUUCCGCUGUUCUCUUACCCUUCAAAACCUCAUCUUUGGAACCUCAAGUUUUAGUUUGUGGCGGAGCCCCGAGAGGCGCUUAUAAUAACGCCAAAACGGGUAAGUUUCUCGGAGCUUUGAAUACCUGCGGCCGGAUCAAAAUAACCGACCCGAAUCCAAACUGGAUCGUGGAAACAAUGCCCAGAGGUAGACUCAUGAGCGACAUGGUUAUCCUCCCAAACGGCAACGUUUUGAUUGUUAAUGGAGCCGGUUCAGGUAGCGCCGGUUGGGAAUUCGGCCGCGACCCGGUUUUAACUCCGUUUCUUUAUUACCCGAAUAAACCAACCGGUUCCCGGUUUGAAACACUAAACGGGUCGAAUACUCCUCGAAUGUACCAUUCCACUGCCGUUUUGCUUCGUGACGGGAGGGUUCUCGUUGCUGGGAGCAACCCUCACGUUGGUUAUAAUUUUUCCAAUGUGCUUUUCCCCACGGAGCUUAGCGUGGAGGCUUUUCAUCCCUCUUAUUUGGAGGCCGCGUUUGAUGACGUGCGUCCCCGAAUCGCGUUUCCCGAGACGGGGACUAAAGUCGCGUAUGGUCAGAAGGUGAGGGUGAGAGUCCACGUGGCGGGGGCGUUGGUUCGGAGUUUGGUUUCGGUGACGAUGUUGUCGCCGCCUUUUAACACGCACUCGUUCUCCAUGAAUCAGAGGGCGCUCGUGUUGGAGCCUAGCGACGUGACAAACGUGGGAGGACCAACAACGUAUGAGAUUGAGGUUACCACACCCCAAUCCCCCGUUCUUGCACCACCCGGUUUUUAUCUUCUCUUUGUGGUCCACCAGGAAAUUCCAAGCGAGGGAAUUUGGAUCCAGAUAAUUUGAUCUUUAUCUAUUACUCCUAAUUCGAAUAAGAAUAAACAUCAACGUACAUACACAUAUAUAUAAAUAUAGUUUAAUCAUCUCGUAUUCU